CAUGGCUCUCCUUACAAAAGACCAGUAUAAAGAAAUUAAGGCGUCGUUUCGUGCCAUGGAUGUGAAUGGAGAUGGGCGCCUAUCUAUUAAAGAGUUCAGAGACGCCGCUAAUAAGAUGGGACAGAAUGUAACCACAGCUCAGGUGAAGGAGAUGUUUAAGCUCAUCGAUGACGAUGGUGACGAUUAUCUAAGCUAUAAGGAGUACGAGAAAAUGAUGGUAGAACAGCUGGAGACCCAGAUUAUGGAGUUACAAUUCCUGGAAAAAUGCUUUGCAAAAAUGGAUGUCAAUGGGGACGGAACUAUCACGGCCAAAGAAAUUGCUAAGACGAUGGGUAUCUCAAGGUCAGACGCUGAUGAGCUGGUGAAGGAGGGUGAUAUGGACGGGGACGGGGAGCUCACGUUUGAUGAGUUUGUUUCCGUCUACAGAAAGAAGGAAAAUUAAGAAGAGGAAUCAAAAAGACAUAAUAUGGGCGAAUUCCUGUGUAC